AUGGCUUCCGCAUACCGCAAUGCCAAUCGCGACAGCGCUGACUCCGGUUCUGAUCUCUCCGAUGUCGAGCUCAACGGUCAUGAAACCUCCGGAAGCGAAGCCAGCGACGCCUCCGCAGACGAGGCCCCCGCCCUCACCCAACUACCAGUCGAGCUGCGCAACAGAAUUCUCAUGCUCACCUCACGCGGCGUCUCACACAGACAACGUCACCUCCUGAACGACCUCUCCGCCCUCCUUCCCCACACCUACAAAGAUACCAAGCUCGACACGAAAUCGAAUAACAACUACAAUUCCGCCCUCAAUGCUCUUGCCGACCUACACUCUUGUAACUACAUCUUCUUUCUCGAAGCGCGCAAGCAUGCCCAGGACCUCUACCUUUGGUUGUCGCACGCUCCGAACGGCCCAACUAUCAAAUUCAAUGUCACCAAUAUUCACACUAUGGCCGAGCUUGGUUUCGGUGGUAACUGCUUGAAGGGCGGUCGAGGUGUGGUGGUCUUUGACAAAAGCUUUGAUGAGGGUUUGCAAGGUCAUGAGCACAAAACUUUAAUCCGCGAGAUGCUUCGAGGCGUCUUUUGCGUACGCUCCAAGGGCGUGAGAGGAAUGAAGCCCUUCGUUGAUCGCAUCAUCGGAAUCUAUGGUCUUGACGGAAAGAUCUGGAUUCGUGUCUAUGAAAUAAGAGAGACGGACAAGGAUAAAGAAAGCGCAGACGAUCUACCAAAGGGCAGCAGAACAGAUGUCACCCUGUUGGAGAUCGGGCCACGGCUGGUGCUCACGCCGAUUGUCAUCCUCGAGGGCAGCUUUGGCGGACCAGUCAUCUACGAGAAUAAGCAGUUCGUGAGCGGAAAUCAACUACGGAAGGAGGCGUUGAUCAAGAAGUCGGCCAAGUAUGCCGACCGGAGAGUUGGGCUCGAGGAGCGUGUGAUGAAGCGGAAGGCUUUGGGUCUGGAUUCCGGAUCGAAGAGGAAGCGAUCUGCAGUGGAUGAUCGUGAGUUGUUUGGAUAG